UCAAUUUAUUCAGGCAGGGGCUCCUGUGUUGUACAGUCCUUCGUCUACUUUCAUCAGCGCAAUCAAAUACAGACGUGCCGACGCUCGAGCUCAGAACAGCUAAUACGACGGCGAAGGGAUAGGCAUAGGCAUCGAUUUUCAUGGAUUCGCACUCCAUCAGAGUGCUUGCUCGUCCUCCUUCCGCCUCAACCCUUCCUAUCACUCCUCAAGCCCCUCCGCCGCCGCCGCCGCCACCGCCAAACCCAAAGAACGGCGUCGUUGUCGUCGGAUUUGUCGGGAGGCGAUACCAAGACGUGGCUCCUCUCAUCAAUAAAGUAGUAGACUCUCACGUUUUCCGAAGUGGGAAUUUGGACGCCUCGAUUCGAUUGGAACCCGAGAAAAUCCAUCCAGAGAUGACUAGAUGGUUCGAGAGCAGGAAAUUGAGCUAUUAUUAUGAUGAGGAUCAGGGGAUUUUGUACUUGCAGUUCGCAUCAGUUCGUUGUCCGAUGAGUGAGGAGGAAUUGUUGGAGUUCAGGAAUUGUCGUGGGUCCGUUUUGGAGGACCGGGAGUUCGGUGAUCUUCAAGGGUUGCUGUUUAUGUUCUCUGUUUGUCAUAUAUUAAUAUUUAUUCAAGAGGGAUCACGGUUUGAUACACAACUGCUGAAAAAGUUUCGUGUUUUGCAAGCUGCUAAACAUGCUUUGGCUCCAUACGUAAGAUCACAAAAUUUAUCACCAGGAAAAUCCAGACAAAGACCUUCUGCUCAUUCAAAUAUGUCUGCUUCCAGAGUAUCGCCAAAUCUAACUCCUGGGAAAAGCCGUGGGAUGCUAAACCGCAACAAUUCAGCUAUUGCAGUAAUGUCAGGUUUAGGUUCUUAUACAUCUUUGCUACCAGGUCAAUGUACUCCUGUAUUACUGUUUGUUUUUCUUGAUGAUUUCUCCGAGAGUCACCCUACUGGAACUAUUGAAGAGACUUCAGAGACUUCUCAGCCAAGUUCAUCCUCAUCUACAAACAGUUCAUCAAGAUCAGGCCUUCCCACAAAAGGAUCUGGCUCUGUUCUUGUUCUUGCCCGACCUGUGAACAAAUCUGAAGGUGGAUUACGAAAGAAAUUACAAUCAUCCCUUGAGACACAAAUUCGUUUUUCCAUUAAAAAGUGUCGAACACUUCUAUUUUUUGAAAGCAGCCACUCUGGUUCAAGGAAUGGGGGUGGUUCUGGUUCAGCUCCUUUGUUUUCUCUUGAUGCAUCAAAGGCUGUUUCACUUAUAGAUGCUUCUUCAUGCCAGAGUGGUGAAUCUCUUGAGUUUGCAAUUGGCCUUGUGGAAGAAGUAUUGGACGGAAAAGCAACUCCAGAUUCUCUUUUGCUUGAAAGUCAUCACCAAACUACAAGCAAAGGGGACAUUUUAUUGGUGAAGGAGUUCAUCCAUAGGCAGUCCGAUCUGUUAAGAGGGAGGGGUAGUAUUGUUGCCAACAGUAACAGUGGAACUGCUGCUGGUGUUGGAAUGGUUGCCGCCGCCGCUGCUGCUGCUGCAGCUUCUACCUCUGCAUCAGUUGCUUCUGUGAGGACGAUAAGUUCUCCUGAACUCCCAACUUUUGAGAUCUGGUUAUCUUCUUCUCAGCUAAUUCUUAAUGGAAUCCUUUCUGCUAAGUGUGCUUUCAGAUUUGAUACUGAAAUCAGCAGCAUGCAUGAACCAGAUACUAUUCCUACAGCUCCAGAAAACUUUGCUACUCCAUCCAUUCCUUUCGAAACUGCAAUAUCUCAUUUGGAAAACUCUGUUGGACUGAACACUAAAUUUUCUACGUUGUGGUGUGAGAAAGCAUUUCCAAUUGCUAAGGAUGUCUACUUAGAAGGCCUGCCCCCUUGUUAUCCAAGUUCUCAGCAUGAGGAACAUUUGAAUAAGGCCUUGCAUUCCCUGACCUCUAUGGUGAAGGGUCCAUCUGUUCCAUUUUAUGUGAAAAAACUGAAAGAUGAGUGCACAUCUAUCUGGAAUUCUGGACGGCAACUAUGUGAUGCAGUUAGCCUCACUGGGAAAACUUGCAUACAUCAAAGGCAUAAUGUUGAACCUCUUUCAGCCAAUGAGAUUAAACCUCAUUCCAGUGGGUUUGUAUAUCUUCAUGCCUGUGCUUGUGGCCGUUCUAGGCAGCUUCGAUCUGAUCCCUUUGAUUAUGACACUGCAAAUCUGGCUUGCGGCACUUUUUCUGAUUGUGAUAAGCUUCUUCCUGUAGUGAAGUUUCCAGAAAAAAGUGUUAAGGGACCCAUUCAACCUUCAUCAUGGAAAUUAGUUCGGAUUGGGGGUGCCCGAUACUAUGACCCUUCAAGAGGUUUACUCCAAAGUGGUUUUUCUGCAACUCAGAAGUUUCUUCUCUGGUUGCCUGUAUUUCUUGGAAAGCAGUCAGAAACUAAUAAAAUUAUGCUUGACAACUCCCACCUAGUUUCCGCACAUACGAAUGCCAAAGUUGGAACAGUGGUAGGUGAACGUCAUGCUUCUGAUGCUGCUUGGUCGGGUGCUGGUGGAAAUCAAUAUGGAGCUGGAGAGAAAGUAAAGCUCUCUUCACAUAUGAAUGGAAUCAAUGGGACAAUUAUAAAUGCUAAUAAACAGUUACCUGCUUUUGCAAUGAGAAAACAGUUCUCUGAAGUUGUUGCUGGGUCUGGUGCUGCUUACUCUGGAUUUCCUCCACUCUCCUCUACAAAGAAACCAUUAAUAGAAUCUGAUAAAAGUGUCAAACUACACCUUUCUCAGCAAAAGAGUCUGGACAAAUUCAAUGAGAAUGCCUACCAUCAAGAAUCUCAAAAAAUAAAAAGUCUCAAUUCAGUCCAUUUAGUUUUAAAUGACAAUGAUAAUGCUGGUGAGUCCAAUAAAUGUGGAGAUCCCUUUCCAUGCCUUGGCAGCAAUGGAGUUCCUGUUAAAUUGAAAAGCCGUGAAUCACUUAAUGGUGCAAGCUCUGUGAGUCAUGCCACUGUAUAUAUGGGGUUCGAACAUGAGUGUCCUCAUGGCCACAGGUUUAUAUUAACGUUGGAUCACCUCGAUGGUCUUGGGUCAUCAUAUUCAGAGUCUGAAGAGUAUGUGACCCCAAUUUCAGUGGAAAAAUCUAUGAAAAGACAGGAUCAUGGUAAAUUGGGUAAAAAUGGUUUUCAUGGUAGACCCAGGCGGCAGUCAAAUGGGACAAUUAUGAUUGGCGAUAGUGGUAGGGCAAAGAAUACAGAGAAAUUGGCAAACGGAAACAUGCGUCCUAAUAAAACCAUGCAAUCAACAGGACGAUGCAAGCAUCAAAAUGAGAAUAACAAAGUUCCCGGUUAUGAUAAAUAUCAUGAUUCUUAUUCUAAAUCUGCUACUCUUGAGGAUGGUAGCUGUGCAUUCUCGUUGUUGAAUAGAAGCCUGCCAAUAUAUAUGCAUUGUCCGCGUUGUAUGGACCCCACAGCCAAUACUCAAACAUCGAAUGUCAAAUUUCCAAGCACUAUUUCUCAGCUGCAGCGGAUUUUUGUGGUAACACCAUCAUUGCCAAUUGUGUUAGCUGCAGAUCCUGUUAUACAAUUUGAGUCAUCUUGCCUCCCCUCCUCUGUUCCUGAUCGUGAACAAAAGCUACGAUUUAGCUUGGGAUCUCCCGUUAUUCUUCCACCAGAGAGUUUUGUUUCUCUUAGGCUCCCUUUUAUCUAUGGUGUGGAGCUGGAUGACGGGAGCCUGCAUUCUCUUAAACCUUUUGAGAAUCAACCCCAACUCACCGCUCACAUUAUGAAAGGAACGGCAUUUAAGGUUGUUUCAAAUGGAAGUAGUCUUGAUCCAGCAUAAGUCACAUAGAAAGUUAAAGAACUGCUGCUCCUACAGUCACAUGAUCGUAAUUCCCUGCUUUCGAGCAUUGGGACUCUGAGGAAGUGGAGACUUCCUGGGCAUCAUCAGGCUUCCUCAUGAAGGCGUUGUUCGGCUGGCUGGCCUGUAAUUGCUUCCAACAGUGCCCCCUGUGGUUGCAGGUAAUGUCUCGGUGCAGCUCCGAUUGGAAGGAAACUGAAUACAGUUUAUGGUUUGCGGUAACGAAGGGCUUAUGAAAUCUAUGCAACCAUCCAUCUAUUUCCUGGUAAUCUGCCCCUCUAAUCGUUUGCCAUUGUGUUGUGGUUGGAGUUCUAGCUUUAACCCAUAAGUUUGUUUGGUGAAUGAUGAUUUUAUUUUGCAUGUUUUAAGUUUUAUAACUUACAAAGAAGGCUUCGAGUUUUAAUCCUUGAAGACACUAGAAUGUUAAGUUUGGAUUGGUGGUUGUGUGAUAGUUUAACUUUUUCAUUUUGCAAAAAAAUUAUUUUUAUUUGAAAUAAUAAUGCAUUUGGUUGGACUGACUGCUGCUAGCUCUUUUUCUUGUCUUGAACUAUUAAAAAUUAUAUAUAUAUAUAUGUUCACUCAGCGCAUU